CAUGAAGGCUAUCCUGUGCGUUCUACUGCUAGCCGCAGCGGCCGUCUACGGCGCAGAAGAGAAGAAGAACGAGAAACGAGGCGUGCUAGGCCUUGGCUACGGCGGCCUUGGUUACGGCGGCCUUGGUUACGGCGGCCUUGGAUACGGUGGCCUUGGAUAUGGAGGGCUGGCGCAUGGAUAUGUUGGAGGAUUUGGACAUGGGCUGGGGCUGUAUGGUGGACAUGGAUUGUAUGGAGGACAUUUGGCUGCUCCCAUUGCACACGCUCCUCUUAUCAGCCAUAGCGUCGCCGCCCCCAUAGGCCUCGGAUACCACGGGGCGCCCCUUCUCGGCCUUGGCCAUGGCUGGCAUUAGGCCUAGGCCUUUUGGCCUCUGGCUUUUAGGCCCCGGCUUUUUGGCCUCUGGCUUUUAGGCCCUGGCCUUUAGGCCUCCCGCCUCGCGUUUACGCGACUUUAUGUUAAGGUGUCGUCGAGUGAUAGUGCCAAAUUAAGUCUUCGCUGUCUAUUCAAUAAAUAUUAAUU